AUGUCGUCCCUCAUCGACAACAAGAUCCUUCGCAGCAAUACACCAGCCCAACAAGCUCGGUUCCUGCAAAAGCAGCUCGAGUCACGCAGCUGGGAAAGCAUUUCGAAUCAUCUCCUGAGCUCGAUCGAGUCCGGCUCGAUAGCCCCCAAUGUCUUCCAUGUUUGGAUGGGAGUGUGCAAGAGUGCAGAUGCCAUUGUAGCUGCCCUCCGCCAAGAUGUUUCCAACUGCGCCCGUCUUACCGCCAUCCGACGAUUCGGCAAGUGGCUGCGAAAAGACGACACAUUUGCAGCCAUCUGGGACGCUGUUGGUGGUGUUCAAGGCUUGUCAGAGCUGUUGGCGACUUUUAGCGUCCAGCAUGUCUCCACGAUGUGUGAGACCAUCAGCUUCUCUGCCUUAGCCCCUAGCGGAUUGACACAGCGCCAGCAAGCCGUCACACAGCUCUACGAUACCCUGACAGGAAAUGGCAAUUCUCAAAAUCCCGAUGAACGUCCGUUGAAAUGGUGUUACCGGCGUCUGUUGCCUUCGUGCACCGCCGACAAGGUGCUAGAUGACACUGGAGAUCGCAAGCCUGGACGCAAGUUUAUCACCGUGCAUGGUCCUUCGUAUGAAGAAACUGCUUUAACGGCCAUUUUUGAGGCCGACGAGAGCAAACGCAAACAGAUCACCGAGUACAGGCACCUAUUCAAGAACAGCCGCCGCUUCAGUCUGAUUGUCCUGGAGCGUAUCGCUAGUGAUCAGUCAGUCCUGCACUUCAAUGGCGACAAAGUCAUGUCGGGGCUGGUUCAACCAACCUUGACUCGACUACGCAGAUCUCACGACCGCAAGUCCAUUGCACAUGUUCUUCGCCUAGCUAUAGAUUGUGCUGCGAAAGAGCCAAUGGUAUCUAAAGAGAUCAGUGGUUCAUUCUUGCCGCUCUACUUUGCGGCCUAUCUGAAGCGGCGGUCUCCCAAUGACAGUCAGGCCAACGAGCUUUUGAUUAGCCUUGCUGCCUUGCUCCCGUCCAAAGGCCACAACAAUUUUCGCACAGUGCUGCAAUUAAUGUCAAAUGUCGAAAAGAAAAUGAGAUUUGAUCUGCUCCGCUUGAUUCUGCUUCAUGCUCCUGGCUGGAAGGUGGAUAUCAGCAUUGAGACAGACGCCGACAACGACAAGUUGGCAAGUUUGUACAGCAAGUGGCCCGUCGAUCUAUUUUCCUUGCUCGAUCGUUCUUCUGCGCUGCGCCUGUUCAGAAGACUUUGGCGGAUCCUUCCGGACGACGAUAAAUUCACCAUGUUUGGCGAUAGCCUGCUCCCUUCCAGAGUGCGGUCCUACAUGAGCAAGAACUACAACUCCCUCGAUUUGCAUAUUGUUUCUGCCUCUCUCGAGUCACAAAUGAGCGCUUAUCCAGAUGAGGAAGCUUCGUGGUUCCCCGCUGUGCAGAAGGAGGUGGCCGAACGCAAGAAGAAGGCCUCAAACUCCCGUGAUCCCAACGCACGUGGCCAAAAUGCAAAAUCUGCACUAGAUCUCUGCAUUGCCGCAAAAUCACUGAAUUUGGUUUCCGAGACACUGACAUGGGCCCGUCGCUUCAAUCGCGAUCAAAACACUGUAGAGUACCUUUACCAAUACGGACCUCUGGAUCACGAUAUGGUCAAUGAUCUACUCAGUGGCAUACCGUCUCACACCCAUGGUCAGCUUCCUCAGCUUUCAGAGAUCAGUGAAAAGGUCAAACAGAGCGACGACAUCAUCUUCGGCUUGCUCGAAACGGCGGCAAUGGGCAUUCAGGAACCUUUCUUUCAAUUAUACCACUGGAGCUCGGUUACCAAUCUACUCCCGAACGUCUUGCAGGAACGAAUUAGACGAACGCAGACGCUGCAAAACCACUACAAAUUCUCUGAUGGCGAUAUCAUGCACCAUAUCUGGGAGCCUACCAUGGAGUUUCUUCUCAAAUCAGAGCGUUUCUUAUUGCAAGAACAGAACAAGGAGUUGCGUCUCAAUUCAAGCUGUGGUCCUUUCAAAAGUCAGUGGAGCGUUGAGACACCAUCUUCUUGCACUGGUAUGUUCUUGGACGAGAUAGCUCAAAGGCGAGACGAGCUUUGGAGGGAUUUUCGACCCACCAUCCACCCUGCAACUACCGAUAUUAGCGGUCCCUGGCCUCGUGGUCUUCCAGUUCAAAAUCUUUGCGCAAACCUUCGCGCUGAAGACUUCAAUAUGCCUAGAAUGCCUUAUUUGGAGAGUCGCUGCGAAGCUGUCGUGUUCUGUCCAUUGGGCAUGUUGGAGCAAAUCCCAACUGACUAUUCCGAGGAGGACCAAGAAAUUCGAGAAGCUAUUGGACAAUUCCAAGAAAGCUAUAAAUUUGCCCUUUCACAUUACUUGUGUGCAGCCAAAGAUCAAGCAGACCGCGAUGAAAGGCUGCGUAAGGCUUGGAAACAUGCCAAUGGUCUAUUCUCGAGCACGAGCACGCCACUGGAGAGACGCCUGAACGACGCAGAGGCUACCGCAUUCUGGAGAGACUAUUACUGUAACAAGACCAACAUUCCAGACAUGGAAAAGGAUCUCAGUAGGCUGGGUCUUGGUCCAGACACCGAGGUAACAGCCACAGACUUGCCUGAGCCUGAUGUCAAUGGUAAUCCUGCUGAAUGGGCACCUUGGCUGGCAGGAAGAAAGCCCACCAAGACUUCCUCGCGGAUCUUGCCACAAAUCUGUCUCGAUCAUGCACUUUGGAACGUAAGUCAUGGUGAACCGACGAUUUACUCGAAAUUCAAAGAUGUCACCCCCCAGAUGACGCCAUCUCCACGUAAAAAGCCAGAAUGGUCUAACCUCGAUUCAUCGACUCCGCAACGUAGAGAAGCGCUGAUUGCCGCAGCCAUUGCGUAUAUCAACACCAAAUACGGCUCUGAUUCUUCAUUAUUGUUGAAGCCUUUCCCAGCACAAGCCGACCCCCGGUACCCAGGACUCUAUCUCGACCAGGAAUUUCUCGAGGCCUACAAGAACGAAAAUGCCAGUCGUCCAAUUAGCAUGCUAUCCCAAAUGGGAUUGCAAAUUCCCGUUUCGAUGCUGCACAAGCUUGCUCUGUCGGUCACGCAAAGAUUGGACAGUGAUGAGAAAAAGGACCCCGAUCUCCUAAGAACGACAAUGGCACUUAUCAGAAUGCUUGUAAGCGGCGAUUGUCCUCGAAUUGCGAGUCAACUGGUCCAGCAUGUGGUGCUAGAUCGGAAUGAUGAUAGCUCCUGGCAUCGUCGCCUGCUCAACAUCGGGUUCCUCCACCGACUGUCGGCUGCCAACGCCUCGGCUUUGAUGACCGAAGUCUCUGCCAAAAUGUACCAGCGGCACGAGCAACUCGUCGCACAUAAUUCCAAGAAGAGAGCCGAGAGGGAAAACUCCAAAGACAAGUCGUCUGUGCCAAAGCCGUUGGACGAGGCACAAGCAGCAGAAGAAGAGGCCCCGCCAGCUCAUGUUAAGGUGAGCAGUAUCAAGAUGUUGGCGCAAAUACUCGACGAUGCCUGCUUCAUUGAUCAGUCUACUGCCUGUGAUGUACUCGGCACCUUGUUGAACAGCUCUCCGCAUCCGGAUGUUCGAUAUGCAAUUGUAUCAAGUCUCAUCAAUACGUUGGAGAGAACGAAGCAGUCGAAACUCAAGAAUCGAAUCUACGAGGCUCUUGAGAAGCAUGUCAUACCGAUUGUAUCUUCCAUCAAUGAGCGAGCCCCGCCAACGGAGAGAGACUGGCUCCAGGCCGAGAAUGGCGACGGGCCUUUGCCAGAGUUGUACGAUGCACUACCCAUUGAUCAACUGCCUGAGAUUCUUGACUUCUUGGUCAGAGCAGCGGAUCGAUGGUCAAAAGAGACCCCCGAGUACGCCGAGUGGAUCACGCGCAUCCUCCUUCCAAUCUGCGAAAGAUCUGCUUCGGAGAAUGCCCGUUGGAAUACCCUAUUUGUGAAAAGACAGAAGCUCAAUAUCGCAGCAUGCACUCUUCCUGCGAUGCCAGUGAAGCCCGAGCUAUUGCUGACGCUCUGGUGCGAAGUUCCGCAAGCACGAAAUAAGGUCAAUUUUGAGCUGCUAAGGGACUAUCUGUUCGUCAAAAUGCAUCCCGACAAGGAUCUAUGGGCGGCAGUUGGAGCAGUGAAGAGUGAAAAGGAUGUUCUCGGGUCCAAUGGAGGCAAGCACUGGCUUCAUCUCUGGGAUGGCACCGACACUACCCAAGUCAUUCGGCGUGUUCCCGGAGUUGGUCGGGGUGGUUUUCGUUCUGGCCGUGGCGGCCGGGGUGGGCGGGCUAGUUAUCCGGGCCAAGGUAUUCGCGCCAUGACUCUGUCUGCUUCCGGCGGCCGCCGAACCAAGAAGACGGUGUUAGGUCCUGGAACUCAUGAAGCUCUCAAUCAGUUUGUCGGAGUUUUGCUCGAUAUUGAUGCCAAAGCUGAAGAGGAGACUAUCAAAAGACUCCAGGUAUUCCUGAAUCAGCUUCUGACCGAUUGCGUCAACAGCUCUGACGUCGGCGGUUUUGAGACACUGAUUACUUUCAUCGGGACGCCGAAUUCGAAGAAGCAAGAUCAGUGGAAAAUCAACUGCCUUCCGGUGCUGGACAAGGCCAUUAAAGACGUCGAAGGCCUGAGAACAGAAGAAUGGCAGCACAACCCAGACAGAAGUCCGGACGAGCUUCCACGAGUGUUGGCGAUCAAGACAAUGGUGCUGAAGGGAGUGUACCCAACCCGGGAUCAGACACCGUCACAGGAGGAAGUGAGCAUGUUUGUGGCCGAGUAUUCUGAUUUGAUUGACGAGCUGGUGGCAGAUGACGUGCCCUAUCAUGAGAGAUGGGAUGAAAACCUGAGUCGGGUUGCCACGAACGGAUGGGCAAGUGAGCAAUGGCUCCCUAUAGGUCUUGCCUUUGUGAAAAGGGUGGAUGCAAAACGGCCAAAGAUGGCGGACAAGCUCAAGAUACUCGUUAUAGAUGAGUUGAUUCGUGGCUUUGCGCGAUCCAAGCCAAAGGCACAGGCAGGUCAAGAAGAACUCGAUGCGAUCAGAGGCGUUUACGAGCCAUGGGUGGAUUCUCCAGCAGAAUGGGUCCGAGGCCGUGGUAAGGCCUUGGAAGAAUUCCUGGCAGACUAUCUCGAAGAGUAA